AUGUCUCGCCGUUACGAUUCCCGAACAACAAUCUUCUCACCAGAAGGCCGUCUCUACCAGGUAGAGUAUGCUCUGGAGGCCAUCUCACACGCCGGCACUGCCAUUGGCAUUCUCGCCAAGGAUGGUAUUGUCCUCGCGGCAGAGCGUAAAGUCACUUCCAAGUUGUUGGAACAGGACACAUCAGCGGAGAAGCUGUAUGUUCUGAACGACAAUAUGAUUUGCGCAGUUGCUGGCAUGACCGCCGACGCCAACAUUCUCAUCAACUACGCUCGCCAAGCCGCCCAGCGAUACCUCCUCACCUACAACGAAGACAUUCCUUGCGAGCAGCUCGUUCGCCGCCUCUGCGAUUUGAAACAGGGAUACACCCAGCACGGCGGUCUCCGACCCUUUGGUGUUUCGUUCAUCUAUGCUGGUUGGGACCCUCGAAGGCAAUUCCAACUGUACCUUAGUAACCCAUCCGGCAACUACGGUGGCUGGAAGGCAACCAGCGCCGGCGCCAACAAUGCCAGUGCCCAGAGUUUGUUGAAGCAAGACUACAAGGAGGAUUGCACACUGAAAGAAGCCUGUGCCAUGGCUGUCAAGGUGUUGAGCAAGACGAUGGAUUCUACCAAGCUAAGCAGCGAGAAGAUUGAGUUCGCCACAGUAGGACAGACGGAAGAUGGCAAGAUUUAUCACAGGUUGUGGAAUGCGGAUGAGAUUACAGCACUUUUGAAGGAGCAUGAUUUGGCCAAGAGCGAAGAUGCUGAGGAGAAAUAG